AUGUUCAUAUCUAUCUAUCUAUCUAUCUAUCUAUCUAUCUAUCUAUCUAUCUCAACCUAUUCAUAUCUAUCUAUCUAUACAGGUGUCUCUUCAUAUCUAUUUAUCUUUGUUUAUAUCUAUCUAUCUAUCUAUCUAUCUAUCUAUCUAUCUAUCUAUCUAUCUGUGUUUAUAUCUAUCUUGAGAGCAUAUGCAUGUUGUGGUGCAGAUUCUGUCUCUGAUUGGGAUACAAAUCCAUUUUUUAACUGUAGCACGUCUGGUCGUCUCAGAUGCAGUGUUCCUGUGUCUUGCUGCCAUCCCCCAAUUAGUGCUCACUGUGGCCUUCAGGGCAGACAGAUUAUCUAUGGAAUUCAUGCUCAGAGCAGCCCAAUCUUCCAGAACGGAUGUGUGACUGUCCUGUUAAACAUUUUCAAAAUGAAUACCAUUAUUAUUGGUCUAUCCAUGAUGGUCAUUGGUAUUUUAGAGAUUGUUUCAGUCGUACUGGCCUACCUGACCAUAAAGGCAAUUUAUGAAAAAAAUUCCGAGCAGGUAUAUAUUUCCACAAUUUGA